UUGUCCUUUCUUUUAUUUCCUUCUUUUUGUGGAUGCCAGUAUAGAUAUAUUCUUAAUUGUACAGUUUUAUAGACAAUACUACAGUUUCGUGGGGAUUGUAAUAAGAGGCUCACACAGUUUAUUGGCCAUAUGUGUAUUUGUUAAUAUGUUUUUAUCUCCCCUUUUCUAGGAUUCUGAUAGUGAUAGCGAUGAUAAUGACUCGCAACCCCAUAGUAAGCGGAGAAUGGGAGUUGUUCGACCUGGUCGUCCCCUGACCUUCAAGCGUAGAGCCAAAAUCCUAUUCAAAACUCUAAUGGAUUAUAUGACAGAAGAUGGUCGGCAGCCUAUUGUGGCUUUCAUUGAGAAGCCAGACAAGAGAGAUUACCCAGAUUAUUAUGAGGUGAUUGUGCAGCCCAUUGAUAUGGAGACAAUUGAGAGCAAGAUAAAGGGGGAAAAAUAUGCAAGUGAGGAAGAGUUGGUUGCAGAUUUCAAGUUGAUGUUCAGUAACUGUCAGAAGUAUAAUGAAGAUGGAUCACUCAUCUACUCCGAUGCUACAACUCUUGACAGGGUGCUAAUGGAAAAGAUUCAAGAGCUUAACCAAGUUGAUACAAGUUCAGGCAAAGGAAAGUCUAUAAAAAGAAACAAGUACAAUCAGUACAUAUCAAACACGAAGAAUAUGAAGGCCCUCUAUAACUCUGUUCGAGAUUUUCGUGACUCUGAAGGAAGACAGUUAUCUGAGGUGUUUCUCAAACUCCCAUCCAAGUCUUUAUAUCCAGAUUAUUAUGAGGUAAGAUAUUUUCCCAUGUUGAAUGUCUGUAAGAUAUAAUUAUGAAUUUUUUUUUUUUAAUGUUAGAGCAAGUGUUCUUAUGAGCAUUAGAAAAUAUUAGAAUUUUAACCAUUUCUUUCUGGGAUAGCAAGAAUGCAUGCCGUGUGCACUGUUUUAUACUGUUUUUAUUUAUACAUAAAUGGCUCCACAAGUUCUUAAUCACCAAUUACUAGUGUUACCUAGCUUACCUUUUAUUACCCUCUUCUUUGUCAACAACAAUAAUAGAAACAGAUUUUACUGUCUUUAGAAAAAAAAAAAAAAAAAAUUAAACUAGAGAACAGUAAAUCACCUGAGACAAGUUGGCCCACUAAUUGGUUCCUUGGUGGCAGAGCACAUGUAGAGCCAUAUAUGUGCAAACAAAAUUUAUAAUAGAAAGCAAUAGUAGGUAAAUUGAUAACCUGACACCACUGGGUUCACCCAUUGGAUCCAGGUGAUGUGACAGCCACGUCAUGAAAAAAUUAGACUUUAGGCCAAGUGACAGGAACGUGACUGAUCAUGAAUGUUCAGUGAUCUUGGAGGAUGAUUAGACUCAGUGGGCAUUUAUGAAGUGGCUCUUGCAUUAUUUAUAGUAGUAAACAAGGGUGGAAUAUACUAUUGGUGAGCCAUGGCUGAAAGAGAGCUGGUUUCAGGGAGUACACCGUUUCCAUGCUCAGGAUCCUUUUCUUGCCCAUUAUGACCAGUGGCACAUUGUGUGCUAAAGAAAAUUGAAUUAUACAAAAAUGGGAAAAUAAUGACUCAUAACAUGACAAUACUUAUUGUUAUUGUUGCUGCUCAGUGUUGUUUUAUGGAAACUGCUCAAAGUAUAUUACCU